AUAAUAAUAAUGAUAUUUUAUACUGCACACAAAUGUAUUUAGAAAACUUCAUGAUUAUUGCAUUAAUAAUAAUUACAUUAUGUGGCGUGAAAGCAGAAGGUGGAGAGAGAGAAGAUCUCAUCUUUAUACAAAACCCGGUGGAAUCCAUGAUACCUGGUCACUGGGUACCAGAGAGUGUAAUGAAAGAGCUGCUCGCCGGAAAAGCAUCUGCCCAAACAGCAGAGAAAAUGAAACUUAGGAUAACCGUCACAGGACAUGUCACUUCACGUAGUAGAACCUACAAAUCAACCAGAACUUCGUCUUUAAAAAAUCCAACGCGUACAAUACUUUCAACUUCUGCACAAACAAUUCCCAGCGAAACUACUUUGCAUGCGGUAAUUGCACAAACAACGCCUAGCAAAACAACUUUGCGCAAAACACUUACACAAACGCCUAGCAAAACAACGAAGCAUGCUACGAAAUUCCAUGCCACAAGUUUGCGAAGUGCACAAACAUCACCCAGCAAAACACAUUUGCGUACUACAAAAUCCGCUACUACAAGUUCACUCAACACACAAACAACGCCCAGGAAAGCAAGUGAGUCAACUACAAAACCAAAUACUACUAGUAUACUAAGUACACAGACAACGCAAACUACAAUAAAUGCAAUAAAUGAAAUUUCUAAGCAAAACGCAAAUUCUGUAAAUUCGCAUAUUACAACUAUACUCAGUACAAGCACGCCUGCAAAAACAACGCCUACAGUGAGAUCUAAUAGAGCAGAUACAAUAGGAUAUACUACAACAAUUGCACCUACAUCUUAUACUGAACAUUCGUCACUUACUACAACUACCAUCACAAGUAGCACAAAUACUUCACCAAUUAGUUCUACUACAACUACAGCGGCAAAACCAACGGUCAGUCGAAGGACAAAGAAAUUAAAACCUGGAAAUAUACCGCCAUUGCCCGAAAAUUAUGGAGAAGGUUGAUAAUAAUAGCGUUUGUAUUCA